GGUCUGCUGGCCGAACCGAUUGAAUCGGAGGGUGGUGAUGAACCGCCCGAUGUGAGCCUCGGAAUGCUGAGUGAGCAGUCGUCUGUUGCCAUGGUGACGCCAAGGGAUGCUGAUCUGGUGGUCGGUAUGCUUACUGAUCUGCCCGGUCUGCUGCCCACCUCGAACGGUCAGUCGGUACUUCCUCAGGGCACAGUGACGGAGGGGGUUCCAGGUGGUCCUGGAGUGCUGACGGUGUCAGGAGGUCCAGGGGUCGGGAUCGGCGUUCCUGGAGUCAAUCAGCACUCACAUCAGGGCAGCAUGGACAGUGGUGUAGGGCAGUCAGUCAAGGGACAGUCGAUCCCAAGUGCCAAUCAGACACCGGAGCACGUUGCGAUGCAAUGCUUCGACUCAAGCCAGGAUUCCGAUGAUCAAUCGGCCUGCAAACCGUAA